AAAAAAAAGAAGUGCAAAGUUCUCAUUAGCAAACGUCAAAGAAUUUAAUCUCUUCUUUUUUUCCUUAUAUGUUUCUUUUAUAAGUUUUUUUUUUAAACUUGUUUUAAUGCCUUAAGAACUUGAUUUAAAAUUUUCACUACAUUCAACAUAUACCCAGAAAUUCCAAUUCAAUUAACAUAUCAAAUGGAUUGAGUAGAGCUUUUACCUUAGCAAAUAGAUGAGUUUUAUAACCGCGAAAAUACGUGGUAAUUUGCAUAAUUUGCCCUUUAUCCGUGAAUUUUGAAGAUAAAAUAAAAAUAGGAAAAUCUCUGUGUGGUCCCCCAGUGCGACUCCACCCAUGUGUGGAGCUACCACAAAAUUGCGCAGAGAGAAGUAUCAAAAUUAACACAUUCGCCAUGUUUAACGGGAAAAACAAAUUGUGAUUUAAAUUUUGACCAAUAAAGAUAACAAAAAAAAAGUAUAUUUUCACCACGAGCACGAUGCCGGGCCCCCUUUGAAAGAAAAAUGUUUUAAUUAUAUAAAAAUUCCAAGAUCUAAAUGGUUAAUCUUGUUCUCUCAAAAUUAAAAAAAAAAAAACAAUUCCAUAUGCAUAAGCAAAUUUGUUACCAUUUGAUAGAGCGAAUUAGGCUUACAAGAGAUUACCCAACAAAUUACCGAACAAAGCGUUAUGCUAAAUUUCUCAUUACUCCUCCACAUUUUUAUAUUAUUGCCCACAAUUUUUUUUUUCUUUCUUACAUCUUUUCAUCUUUUCUUUUUCCCUUCCAUUCAUUUCCAGUGAAAAGUCAUUGGCGUUUUUAUGAUAGCCGAAUUCACUGCGUGAAUUGCAUUUUAUUAUAGCAUGUUCUUCGCGUGGAUUAGCUCGUGAAUGGUGGCUUUUGUGCCCAUAAGAUUUUUUUUCUUUCUAAAAGAGAAAUAAUAAGGGGAGAGAGAAGGAAUGUAAUCAGUUGAAUGCGCAAGGCCUAAAAAUUUGCAUAUAAAAUGCAAUUUUCUCUUAAUAAGUGCAAUUACACCACAUAAUAAUCAUAGAAGGAGGUAAGAAAUGCGCCUUAUUGAUUAAAAGAAUAUUUUUCAUUCCUCUCACAAGCCCUUGUAUAUAGAAUUUAUUUAGACGAGUACAUAUGUAUGCAUGCAAGAAUUUCAUAGUAUUCACCAUAAAAAAACCGCCCAAUAAAAUGUGCAAUAAAAAUAGAAAAUAAUCCAUAAUUAUAAUCUUGAGAUUUAAAUUUAAAAAUUGGGAAACUCACUGUAAAAAUUGUAAAAUUAAGGGGAACUCACACUAAAGAUUGUAAAACAAUAUUACAUCAAAAUGUAUAAGAAAAGUAUUUUCUACAUUACGCGUAAAUAAACAUAAAGGAUUAUUCAAAACAUUUUUACUUAUUUACGCCUUAAAAUGUAAAGAUUUUUUUUUUGCAAAAUUACUACUGCGUAAAUAACAUAAGCUCACUUUUGGAGAAGAUUAAUUUUAGGAAAUAGACAAUAAAUAACAUUUAAAAGCUCACCUAGAGAGGUUUUUUAAAUUUUUAAAUAGUCUCCGGGCAUUCCCAUCAUAUUGUUACAAGAUUUUUGUUAGUUUUAUUUUUAAUUUAACUUUUUAACGUUCUUUUAUUCGAUUUAUUUAUUAUUUAACUGAAAAACCUACUUUAAACAAAAAUUACUUAUUUUAUUUAUAUGUACAAAAAUACGAUUCUAAAACAAAGUCUCAUCAAAACUUAUAAUUAAAAAAAAAUUAAAUAAUUAUGAGCAUAAGAUAUGUACUGAUUCGUUUCUAUACAUUCUUUUUAUAAUAAAAAAAAAGAAGUUUUGAAUUCCUUCUAAUCACGUGUAUGUUGUAAAAUGUAUCUGAUUUGACGAUAAAGUGGAACAAAAUACUUUUGAGACUUUAUCCCGAAUGUUAUUAAAUUUCUAAACCCGUAAGGUUAACCCCACGCUGUGUGUUUGAACUAUAGCAACCGCUAGCAUCCCACGCGUUGGUUGUACAUUAAAGAAAAAAAAAACAACAGAUUUUGUUAGUGAAAAUUGCCCAUGGAUGACUUCCUCUGUAUGUGAUUUGAGGUGUCAACCGUGGAAGAUGUAUGAAUGACGUAUGAUGUUUCCUUUGUAUUUACACCAAAUGCCGGCAAAGAGGUAGCGCAGACGCGAGGCAUGAGAGGUGGUGGUUAUAUUAAAGAACCCAAAGCAAAGUGACAUGGAAUCGCGGCAUUCAAUUAAGCAUCGUGUCGCAUUAUUAACAGAUCAACGGCUAUUUGGCCAUCCUUGUCCGCGUGAUGGUGCCAUGUGCGGAAAGAGAGACGCGGGAGAUAUUCUAUAUAUGUUAGGUAUAUAGUAGAGCGAGCUUGUUGCGCCAUUGCACUACUUUGGGUGCUCGCGAUGGAGGCGUGGCUGCACACGGUGGUCCCGGCCAAUUGGCUGUUGGUACGUCCACAGCGGGAAGAGGACGCACUUCCCCUCAAUCGCGGUGCUGAAAGUGAGUAAGAUCACACCGUUUGGUGUGGCUUUCUCAGCUUUACACAGCGCGCCAUUCAAAUCACAACGGCCACAGCCACAGCGGGAACAAUGCGGCAGGCCUCCAACCAAUCUUCAGCCGCCUCUCUCGGCAGUUGUUGGAUGACUGUUGAGUGCAAUGGACGUGACUGUUUUGGCACAUCAUAGCACAUUUUGUCGUGUCGUGUAAAGAAGGGAACAAAACAUUCAGCAUUUAGUUCUCUCCACCCUCUGAGAGUGUCAAUACCCCAAAAGUAAUCCCCGCACCACCCCCAUAUACGCGCGUAUGCACCCCGUGCGGACACGCAGCUCAGUGUUAAAAUCAUUUUAUUAUAGCCAAGUGGUGUCGUGUUGGGAAAAUUGAUUUUUGCGCAAUUAUGUACAAAGGCAAGGAGAUACAUAUAUAUACAGCACACAGCACUCCUUAGCAUAAGGUGUGAGAGUGAAUAGAAGAGACCUAUGUAUGUACAUUGCAUAGAAAUAAUGUAUAUAUGGCUACAUGACUUUUCUGGCCUAAUAGCACCUCUAAUUAAUUGAUUGGACAGGCAAAGUACGCGCGCUCCUUUCGUACUUGUCUCACUCAUUAUUCACCCAAGUGCUCAAACGAAGUGAAUUCAGCGAUAUUAGAGGCCUUCUUUUACAACAAUCACAUCACCGCCAGUGUCUCUCAAUCAUUUAAUCCGUAUCAAACACAAGGAUUACAACAACCUGAUAUACUGCAUAUAUACAUUACAUAUCAAACGUAUUUAGUGGACUAAUACGGACCGAAGACGGCAUUAAAUUGCCAACGGCCAAGUGAAGCAAACAAGACUUCUCUCACUCUGUGAAAGUGUUUUUGUGAUUUUUUUUUAAUAAUCUUAAAAAUAUUAUUUUGGAUUUUUUGGAUAAAUAAUUGUUGAAAGAAAAAAGAAACAAAAUGGGUGAAUUGGCAGAAUAUCGAAUGCAUCAGCAUAUAGCACAGGAGAUAUACCGGCAGCAAAUCCUUCAGAGAUUGCCAGAUCCAUAUCCAACCAUGUUACCGGUGCCACCGCCUUCCAGGCAUUUUCUACCGCCGGCAUUUACAUUGACUGGCAUCGAGGCGAAACUUCAGAACUACGACAUGUGGAGCAGUUUUGCACCCCACGGCACAGAAAUGAUCAUCACAAAGAGUGGCAGACGGAUGUUCCCGUCCGUGCGAGUAACUCUGUCAGGUCUUGAGGACGAUGCAAGUUACUGUUUGAUGCUGGAGAUGGUCCCAAUUGGGGAUUGUCGGUACAAAUUCAGCGGAUCCCAGUGGGUACCAGCAGGUGGUGCUGAGCCACAGAGUCCUCAGAGAAUGUACCUUCAUCCCGACAGUCCUGCCCUAGGAUCACACUGGAAUUCUCAACCGGUGUCGUUUAGCAAAGUUAAACUCACCAAUAAUACCCUCGACAGCAAUGGACAUGUCGUUCUCACCAGUAUGCACAAGUACAAGCCCCGUCUUCAUGUGAUCAGAACGUCAGAACCUAGCCAAAUUCCUUGGUCACCGUCGCAGGUCUUUUUCUUCCAAGACACGGACUUUGUGGCAGUUACUGCAUAUCAGAACGACAACAUCACAAAGCUAAAGAUCGACAACAAUCCAUUUGCAAAGGGAUUCCGUGAGACUGGGCAGUCGCGAUGCAAACGCAAAUCAACAAUUACAAAUGGCAGCAGUGCUGGUUCAUCGUCAGUCACGCUCAAAUCCAAUGUUUCACUGAUGGGGACAUCGCUUAAAGCGUCCAAGAGUGAUCCGACGAUGGCCCAAACGAUGACGGACGAAGCAGCGCGUCAUCCGCCAAAGAGGAAGCGUACAAAUAGUUCAUCGGGAUCAGUGUCAUCGCUGGACGAUAGUGGUUUAUCAAUUUGCGGGAGUUCCAGCCGAACGAGUUCACCCUCCACAAAUACCGAGGAUGCCUCCCCAACACGCUCAAUGGCUACCACGGCCCCUAGUGGUGUGGAUGUGGUGGAUGCAAUGCGUGGCCUUCCAGCACCACCGGAGACAAUUUUGCAGCACUACAGUGCAGCCGCGGCGGCACGUUCAAAUUGGAUUGACUUCGCUUUGUACUUCUCGCGUGUUUCAGGAUUGCCUCUGGGGGCGUAUCAGCAUCCCGUACCACAUCACCACCCACAGACACCACCUGCUGGCUAUGACAUACUCAGUGCCUAUGGGCCACCGUACCCACCUCUAGCCGCCGCGACGACUCCCUUUGGCGGGAAUGUGCUAAUGCAUCUCGCGGCGGCGCACACGAUGCGUUCCCCAACAGCCGAAAGUCCCAUCUCACCCACCCACCAUGGCGGUGAUUCAGCACGAAAGAGCAGCUUCACCAUUGACGCCAUCCUUGGACGUGAGGAACAGAACUAAUAAGAAGCUGGUCACAGUGAAUAAAAAUAAAAUCAUUCGGCCAAGAUCUUCAUCUGAGCCUACUAGACUGAAUUGCGGUGCAUUUCAUUAAACAUUAAUUUUUUUGAUUAAUAAUUGACGACACGUAGAAAAGCAAAAGUGCCUCAAAAGAACGAAUCUGUGGCAAGAACCUGCCCACGAUAUUAAGUGCGUAAUUUAUAGUAAAUAAAAGAAAUUAAUUUUAGUGCCAUUUAAUGUGUGAAAUGAAUGAUUCGUAAAAAAAAAGAAUUUUUACAUACAAAAAAAAAUAAGAAUCCCAACAAUUCUAAAUUUAAAACGAAAAUGAAUAAAAAUGAAAAUUUAAGAAGAAUAAAAAAGGAUUUAUUAUGGAUUUUAGUGUUUGUUAUGUACAUUCAUACAUUCAUGUAUGUAAGAUUCCAGUGCGUAUCACCCUAAUAAAUAUAUAAUUACAUAUAAAAUAUAAAUUGUAAAGAAAAUAGAAAUUAAAAAAAUAGACAUGUAGAGAAUAUUUAGUAUGUAGAAGAAUUAUAUUCAACUUUAAUUUACAAGUUUUUUAUUAAGUUGUCUCUAAGUGCAAUCAUUACGAAAUAUUUUUCAGUUCUUUCAAAUCCUCAAAGAAAUUUUCCUAAACUUUUUUUUUCUCUAUCAGAUGAAAAAAACUAAAUAUUUAUUUUGUAGAACAUUCAUUUCCUUCUUAAAACUUCUAAAAGGACUUUUACGGUUUUAUUCAAUAGAAUAUUAAAGUUAAAAAAAAAUCCCCAGAAAUAAAUCGUAUACUCAGAAAAGAAUCAAAAAGAAUUGUAAAGAUUAUUAAACAUGCAUUGGUUGAAGAUUAUUCUGUAUGUCCAAAGAGAAUAAAAAUAUUUUUUGUAAAUAAAAAAAAACAAA